UCUCAUCAAUCACAAUCACCCAAAGCUGUUUGUUUAUAUCGUGAAGGAAAAAAAAACGUUUUACUUUUUUGUUGAAUUCAAUUGUGAUAUAUAUUGUCAGUUAAUUAUAUCUGGAAGUCGGCUUUGAACAAUUUGUAUUUGAAUUCUUCCUACUAAUUUUGAAAGAUAAUUCAAUUUUAGAAAGAUUUUUGUUUUCUGUCUAUUUUAAAUGGGAUCACUUUAAAUUUAUUCCUGUUUUAAUAAGACUAUAAAAAUGGAAGCUGAUGAUCAUGCGGUUAACAAAAUGAAAGAUUUCUUAUACAUUUACAACAAAAUGGCUGAAACCUGUUUUAAUCAAUGUAUUGAAAAUUUUAAUGGUCGUCAGUUGACACCAACUGAGGAAUCAUGCAUUGAAAAAUGUUCUUCUAAAGGUGUUGCUGUUAAUCAUAGACUGAUGAUGUCAUAUAUGGAAAUUCAACCCGAAAUAAUGAAUAAAAGAGUUGAAGAAAUGCAAAAACAACAAGCAAAUAUAGAUGCUUUAAAUAAUCAGGUACCUGUAACUCCUCAAAAUGCUUGAAGUGGUUAUUUCCUGGAAGUAUUGUCUUAUAAUUUUUGGAAAACAAUUUUUUGAAUUAUGUGUUGAUAUUUCCAUCUUUCUUUAAUCAUAUUAAUAUUUAUAUAUACCUGGUAUGAAAUAAAGAUAAUUCCCUGAUUUUUAAAUCAUUUUGAAUUAUUGAAUUCUGCUAUAAAUUUUGUUUCAAAUUACCGUCAUUCCUGACAAAUUCAUUUUAACAUGCAUGUUAAAGAAAUCCUCUGCGUAGUGUAAAUAUUUGUUUGAGCCUUAAUUGCAACAAUGUGCAAAAUUUUUUAUUUGGUUGCAAUGAUCCAAUUAUCUAUUUUUUCACCAAUACAUAUUUUAUUUCUCUUUUUCUUAAAAGUAGCCAUUAAGCUAUGAAUGUCUUUUUGUUAAUGAUUAUUAUUUUUUCCCUUUUCUUUGGGCUAAAAAUGUUAGAUACGUAUUGUUGAGAAAUACGUAGCUUAUAUUCUUUUAUAAUUUUAUUAUAUAUUAUGAAGUAAAACUUCUGUGAUUUGCAUCUUGGAACAAGAAAAAAGUGUUAAAAUUGCAAUGCUAAGGAUCAUUAAUGGCUAAACUAGCUAAUAUGUUGAUUUUUGAUUAAAUUUGUCUUAUAUCUUAAAGUUUAUAUCUUAGUAAUAGAAAAAAGAUAAUGUUUUGCUUAUUUCUUGUUUUUGCCAGCUUUCAAUUGGUGAGCCAUUUGAAUUAUUUGUAACAAUUUUCGUUAUAAAUUUCUUCUUAAAAGAAAAAGAGUCCUUCUAUGGCUACUUAUUUACUAUCAGUUACUAAAUGCAUUAGGAAGUUUCUACCACUCUAAAAACUCUCAAAGAUUGUUACUUACCUUUAUUUAUUUGUUUAUUUACUUGAGAUCUGAAAAAUGUAAUGAUUAAGCAAAAUAAAUUAAUAUUAUUGCUAACAUGCGAUAUGGCUAACAGAAGAUCUUACUUUCAGAAAUCUAGAUUUUAUUUAAAAAGUAUCACUUAAAAUCUUCUUGCACCAAGUUCUUCAAUUGUAAGAUAAUCAUUUUGUAAAUUAAUUAACUAUGAAUUAUAAUGAUUAAAUUGGAUUUUCUUUUUCUAUGCAUCAGCUUUUAACCUUUUAAAAAUAGUUGUUGAUGAAUGAUGUUUCUGAUCAAAUACUCCACUUUAAAGACAUUUGCUGAUAGUAAGUUUAAUGCUUUCUAUAAUUUCAUCAAAGUAUUAUAUGCAUUCUCAUGUAGAUACUGUACAUUAUCUAUACACUAGAUGUACUUACUGUUGUGUGUGGAAUUUUUAUUUAUUUAAGUUUUAAAGAUAUUCCUUAAACUCAAUGACGACAUUUGUAAAAGUAUUCUAAAAGUUAAAAAAUUUCUAUUGUAGUAUAAUGAAUUACUUUUUUUUUUAGAAUCUAUAACAAUAUUGUUUUAAAAUUUUCAUUAUUAUGACAAUUGAAAAUUUUAAGCUUUAGUUUGUCAAAAUUUUGUUAAGAAUUUUUCAUGUUUCUAUGAUUAAGCAUUAAUUGUCAUGUCCAUUUCUUAUCAGAAUUUUUUUGUUCUCUUAAUGUUUUAAAAUAAAGUUUUUGUUUUUAA